CAAAGUAGCGGGCAUUCACCGCAGAACUUAGAAGCUGCAACCACUAGCAGAAGCUCAGCCAAGGCUCCAGUCAAAAUGGAUCCCUCUGAAGAAAGCAACGAUCUCCUGCCUUUGCCCCUUGCAAGGUCUUUGGUUUGCACGCUGUUGAGUUUGUCAUUCAUCGUCGGGGUCCCUGGGAACUCCUUUGUCAUUUGGACCAUCUGUGGCAGAAUGACCCAAAGGCCUCCGACAGUCAUGCUGAUCCUACAUCUGGCCAUCGCUGACCUCCUGGUUCUCGUCACCUUGCCAAUCUGGAUCUACUCCUUCGCCAACACCUGGCUCUUUGGGCUCGUUGCUUGCAAAGCCCUGACAUUCGUCGUUUAUUUCAGCAUGUACGCAAGCAUCUUCCUGAUCAUGGCCUUGAGCUUCGAGCGGUUCAUGGCUGUCUUUUACCCCUUUGCUGUCCAACGCUGGAAGAAGAAGAUGACCACCAGGAUGUUGGUCUUUGCCAUAUGGUUCCUCGCCAUUGCCUUUGGAGCAGUCAUCAUCCCGUUUCGGGAAACCAACAACACAGAGGCAGGUCUCCAGUGCACAGAUUUCAGUUAUGAUACUAACGCUCAAAUGACUGCCUGUCUCUUGCUGGAGACUCUUGUGGGCUUUGUCGUGCCCUUUGCCUUCAUCUCCAUCUGCUACAUGCUGGUCGGCAGAAGAAUCGGCAACAUGACUUCUCCAUCAAAGCAACGCUCUGCAAAGCUGAUUGCUUCAAUAGUUGUGGCCUUUUGUCUCUGCUGGCUGCCCCAUCACAUCUUUAACUUGAUAAGCAUUGCUUCAGCUCUGAUGGAGGAGUCCUAUCCAGGGACAUCUGAAGCUCUGGAGAAGAUUUUAGCAGUGGGGUCCUACAUUACAGGCUCGCUUGUCUUCGUGAGCAGCUGCAUCAACCCUCUCCUUUAUGCCUUUGCUGCCAGGAACUUCCAAAGCAGUGUGAGGUUUACCAGGUUAUCUAGACUGUUUGAACAGAUGAGCCCUUCAGAGAGGACGGAAACUGUGAAAGAGGCACCAAACACAAACGGAAAAGAGGAGAGUUUGACAAGCACAGAGAUGAUCUAAUGAGGGCCAGGGGAGAAAAUGAGGUCGGUCUCCAUAGCGGUGGCUGCACUGUUGUUACUUACUAUGACUCCUAUGCUCUUUAUCUGUUCAAGCACAGCUAUGCAGACCAGCUCUUCAUCCAGAAACAUGACUCUUCAAAAGCAGUUAUUCUAGACAAGCUAACUAAACUCAACUCCGGCAGUUCAUGUUGGCUGAACAAAAGCAAGCAGCAAGUGUGCCAAAGACCCAAACUGAAGAGAAUAAGAAGGAACAGAGGAAGCUGCCUUGUACAGAGUUGGACCAUCUAGUUCAAUAUUGUCCAUACUGACUGGCAGCAGCUCUCCAGGGCCUGAAACCCCGAGGGGCAGUUUAGUGAAACCUGAGCUAGAUAAACUUAUGGUCUGAUUCAGCAUAAGGCAGCUUCCUAUGCCCCUGAGACAGAAAGCAGUGUUCAAGGAAGGCAUUUCGUGUAGAAGGGGUAACCUGGGUGAAGGUGUGGUGUCUUAUAAGCAAGCAGGAGACAGACAGUCGGGUGGUUUGAGGUGGUAUCCCUGUGGAGGAACAUAGAACCACAGCAGGGAGAUGUUUGGGGAUAACAGAGGAGAACUUUGAGGGCAAAAUCAAGGGCACUUAGGAAGCUGCCUUAUACCAAGCAAAACACUAGCUCAGUGUUGUCUCCUUGCAGGGUCUUUUGCAUCCCUAUUUGAAGGAAGCAGAGCUGAACCUGGGACCUUUUGCAUGCAAAGCAUCCACUUUAUCCAAUGAGCCAUGGUCCUUCUUAAAGGGACUACGGAUGGAUGGAUAUGUCCAUUUUGGUUUCUCUCAGUUUCUCAUUUUUCCAGACUUUAGUUCCCCCACACUUCCAGAUCAGGCUUUUUUUGUACCGGGGUGUGUGUGUUAUCAUGAACAUACACCAGUAUUUUAGUGUGAAUUUCUCCUAAUAUGCACAUUUUUUGCAUAUUUCCCCUCAAUACACACAUUUUUGCAAAGCAGUUUUCUCUAACAUAACACCUUUUUCUUUGUCAAAGGAUUGCUGUGACUCCUGCCAUUUUAUUUUAUUUUAUUUUAAGUUUUGUUGUAUUAUUUUAAUUUUUACGGUUAGGUAAUUUGCCCUGGGAACUUGUUGAAGGGCAGGGAACUGAUCUAAAUAAAACAGGUGAAUUAAAGUAGUUUUGGGUCUACUGUGUGGGCUUUAUAGGCUGUUUUGUCAUUUUUAUAAAUGCAA